CGCGAUUCCCGGGCCCCCAGCGGGAGAAGAACAAAGCGCUCACAGUCUUCAACCGCGCGUGGGCAUCGAUCAUCGUCGACGAGAUCCACCUUAAUGCGGACGAUCAACCGGAACUACAUCGCAAUCCGUACACUUCGGGACCAAGCGGGCGGGAUAAUUGGCAUGACUGCCACGCCGACCAUGACGACGCCGAUGGACCUGGCGCUGAUCGGUCGUCUGAUGGACGUGCCUGAGUUCGGCGAGGAGCAUUUCAGCGAGAUCGACGAGAUCCGAAUUCAGCUCGGCAAGUGUAAGAGCAUGGACCGUAAGGCCCGCAAGGAGGAGGCCGCCGGCGCCGACGGCGGGAAAGGUAAGGGCAAAGCCCCGGAUCGGCCGAAGCCGAAAAUCUCGUACCUCAUCGACUACACCAUCGUCGUCAUGAUCGACUUCAGGGGACGCUGGUCUGGAAUGGUCGUCCGACGCACGGUCAAGUCCAAGGAUUUGCACGGCAAGGCGCUCAGUGGCUUGCCCCCGCUGCACACUGUGCACGUCCUGCUACGCCUGGCACCAUACGAGCAGGAGAUGAUCGACGGGAUCACGGAGGGAAUGAGCCAACAAAUCGGCUCAAACCCGUCUGUGGCCACUAACACGGUGAGUGCAAGCAUCUGUUCUCCCGGAGCCACAUUGCGCGGCUGCUUCCCGCCCCACGAUGUGCGACCUGGUGACCGGGCUAGGGCGCAGCGCGCAAACUGCCCGCGCAAAUUCUAUCUGGACCUCCGCCGCGCCACGUUCCAUCUCUCCCAGUGCUCGCAGGUCGGUCUCGAGGUACCCGAGACGCUCGCGGACUUCGAGGCGUUCCCGACGGCGAAAUUGUCCGCCCUCGUCACCAUCAUCCGCCACCACGCCACACCGAGGGCGCCCCCACUCGACAUCUUCCACGAGCUGCGCACCGUCCCGCUCAAGGACCUCCCGCCCUACCCCGACGCGAACGCGCUCGUCCCUGAUCCCGACUUCCCGGGCUAUGUCGAGCACAAUGGAUCCGGGCCCGACAAGAUCAUCGUCUUCUCGUACUUCCCGUCGAACAACGAGUUGUUGCGCAACUUGUUCGCCGCGUACCAAAUCGAGGCGGUGUUCCUGCACGGGGGUCAGACGGCGAUGCAACGCACGGCGAUCGUCAACAGGUUCAAGAAGUCCGGCGCAGACGGCCCCACUGUGCUCGUGAUGUCGACCGUCGGCGCCGCGGGGCUCAACAUGCCUUGCGCGAACAUCAUGAUCUUCGUCGACACAAUGUGGUCUGCGCAGGAGACUGAGCAGGCGGAAGGGCGCAUCCUUCGGUUUGGGCAAACCAAGGACUGCAUCUCCUACCACCUGCUGCCCAAAGGCACGGCCGACAUCUCCCUGUACCGCAUGGCGCUGGACAAGGGGGUGAUGCACCAGGCGUUCAUC